UUGCAUAAAACGUGGUGCGCUGGAAGUUCUAUGCGAAUACACUAUGACGGCUUCGUUGAGUUUGGUUGUGUUAACGGUUUUAGCGUCGUGUUCCCGCGCAUGCGCCGGCGUGGCGCGAGCGAACAGCGUUGAGGCAUUAGACCUAACGCCGAAUGUCGUCAUUACUCAAGAGAAGGUUCAAACGCCGACAGAAAUACCAGUAAACGAACGUUUUCCAUCUGCGGUGCUCUUCGGCCGCACGUGUGGUGGUACCAUAAUCAGCCCCACAUGGAUCCUAACAGCCGCCCAUUGUACCUUGUUCACGGGCGGGCGCGACAUCCUCGCGGGUACUAACAACUCCGAGAACGAUACGGGCGUGCGACGCCGCGUGAAGCGACUAGUCAUACACCCGAAAUUCGCAGUAGGCCCAUACUGGCUCGACGCGGACAGAUACGACAUCAAACAGGUGGGAGCUCGCUGGGACUUCUUAUUGGCAGAGUUGGAGAGCCCGUUGCCGCUGGACGGGAAGACCAUGGCGGUCGCGAAACUACAAGAAGACGCCAGGCUGAUCCCUGGACAAGAGGUCGGCUACGCUGGAUACGGCGCUGAAAAUCACGGGGAGACAAUGCGCCAUGAAAUGCACGGCAUGGAUCUCGAAGUCCAGUCCGACGAGGAGUGCGGCAAGCUGGUGGAGUACGACCCUCAGGACAUGCUCUGUGCACGAGGACGGCCGCCGCGGUACGACUCCGCGUGUAACGGAGACAGUGGAAGCGGUCUCAUAAGGAACGGCACUAUAAUCGGCAUAGCGUCCUGGGUGGAGGACGACGCCACGGUCUGUAGGAACGGUGCUAAAGUGUACUUCUCCCGGGUGUCCAGCGCCAGGGACUGGAUCAGACAAGUCACCAAGAUAUAAUAGAUUAGACUAGAUACGUGGUAAUUUAAAACCAAAGAUGAAAAAUAUACAACGUUAAACUUAAAAAUAUAUAUAUAUGUAUACAGUAUAUAUAUAGAGGCAUAUAAUGAUAUUUUUUUAACUAAUAACGGAGAUCAAAUAAUUUGGUUGUUGAAUAUAGGCAAUGAAUAGAUGGUAAAUUUCUUUUGUACAUUUUAUAUAUCAUGUAAACUACAUUAAUUAACUCCUCAUUAAAUAAAUAUUCAAUGAGAAAUUGAAUUGAUACAGUCUGUCCGGGAAAUGUUUUUGUUUGGUGAUUUAGAUAUGACGAUUAUAUUAUAAUAAAUAUCGCAAAAACACUUCAUGAUGUGGUCGGUACUUACAAUUAUUAGCGAUUUUAUUAUUAGUAUAAGAGAAAUUUUGUGAAGUCAAACACAAAAGAUAAGUACACAUGGAUGAAAGACGUGAGACGACACAUGUAUGUCGAACUCCAUACAACACCAGGGACUGUUAUAAAAAGCGAAUUCGCGAAGUGAUUGUUACGAUGAAUACUUUAUAAUGUGUUACAAACGGCGUAACAUUUAGGUAUGACUACCUAAUUUCUUAUCAAACGUUAUAAAACAAAAACACAUAAAUCACAAAAUAGUUUAACGUAAACGUUGAGAUGAUUAUUGAAAUAUAUUUAACGUCUAUAUCAUAUAAUAAAAUAUAUUUUGUUUAAAUUGGAA